CACCGCGCUUCCUCCUACGUUGCACUCUGAGCAGCUGUGUAUGGUGUACGGAUGCUGAGGAUUUCUUUUGGUACUCAGGUUCUGGGCACUCGGUUCCGACUGGCUUUUUUUGUCGCCGCAGACCGUAAACUAUUAACCGCAAAGAGAUGGCUCAGAGCUCCGAAGCCGCCAACGCCCGCUCACCGUUAAACGGUGAAAAGAAGAGGAACGUUGCUGUCAUCACCGGCAUCACCGGGCAGGAUGGGUCCUACCUGGCUGAAUUCCUGCUUGCAAAAGGCUACGAGGUUCACGGGAUUUUGAGGCGUUCCAGCUCCUUCAACACAGGCCGCAUCGAGCACCUUUACCAAAACCCCCAGACGCACACUGAAGGAAACAUGAAGCUUCAUUAUGGAGACCUGACUGACAGCACAUGUCUGGUGAAAAUCAUCAACGAAGUGAAACCAACAGAAAUCUACAACCUGGGAGCUCAGAGUCACGUCAAGAUCUCCUUUGAUUUGGCCGAGUACACCGCUAAUGUGGACGGCGUUGGCACGCUGCGCCUCCUGGAUGCCAUUAAGACGUGCGGCCUCACCAGCAGCGUCAAGUUCUACCAGGCCUCCACCAGCGAGCUGUACGGCAAAGUCCAGGAGAUCCCUCAGAAGGAGACCACUCCCUUCUACCCUCGUUCACCUUACGGAGCGGCAAAGCUUUACGCCUACUGGAUUGUGGUGAACUUCCGUGAAGCCUACAACAUGUUCGCUGUCAACGGGAUCCUUUUCAACCACGAGAGCCCGAGGAGAGGUGCAAACUUUGUGACUCGUAAGAUCAGUCGUUCUGUGGCAAAAAUACACCUGGGCCAGCUGCAGAACUUCAGCCUCGGCAACCUGGACUCCAAGAGGGACUGGGGUCACGCCAAAGACUACGUGGAGGCGAUGUGGAUGAUGCUGCAACAGGAGGAGCCAGAGGAUUUAGUCAUCGCUACAGGGGAGGUGCAUAGUGUGAGGGAGUUUGUGGAGAAGGCCUUCAGACACGUGGGAAAGACCAUAGUGUGGGAGGGAAAAGAUGAAAAGGAGAUCGGCCGCUGCAAAGAGACGGGGGUGGUGCACGUGAAGGUGGACCCAAAAUUCUUCCGUCCAACUGAAGUGGACUUCCUCCAAGGCGACAGCACCAAGGCUUACGAGAAGCUGGGCUGGAAGCCGAAGGUGACGUUUGAGGCGCUGGUGAAGGGGAUGGUGGACGCGGACAUCGAGCUGAUGAAGAAUAAUCCGAACGCCUGAGGGAAAGCGUGGACGGAGAGGUUUUGGCGCUCCAGAGUUCCUAACAGGGUUCCUGUUUUAUGUUUUCUACCUUUGUUUCUUUUCCUAAUGAAGUGGCUUUAUUCUUCAUACCAGCUGUUGGCUUUUUAUUAUCACACUCCAUACAUGGUUCUGAUUAUUUAGCUCUAUUUGUGUCUUGUAUUUGUAACUGAGUUGAUUUAUGCUGGUCAGAGUUUUAAUUUAAAUCAUAAUCUGGUGGAAAAUGAAUCAAACUUUGAUUUUUUUAUCUGUAUGAAUGAAUCAUGUUUUCAUGUCUUUGAUCCUGUUUUUUUUACAAAAAAUAUGAAGAAAGUGUGUGUAAUAAAUUCAUUUAUUAAAUAAAUGAAUAAAAGCAUGAAUGUUCA